UUUUCUUGUGGCUAGUUCUUUUGUGUUUUUUUUUCCUUUUCUUUUGCUAUGAUCAUGACGAGAGUUGCCAACUCCAACACCGUAGCUGCUGUUGCCAUCACUGCAUCACUUUAGCGAUCAGCCAUUUGUGUAAAAGCCUUCAGCGCUGCGAAAUUACGUUUUCGUCAAGACGAAAUACAGAGAGGCGUGUACUGAUCAAAUAAAAUAGGCACAGGAGGCAUAAAUGAUGAUGAUGAUUAAGCAGCCAUCCAUCCAUGGGGAAAUAGAAAAAUGAGCAUAGGCCCGACUCCUACUUCUCUUGGCCCAGCCCAUAUACCAGCAGUUAAAUAAUAGGCCUGCUGAGGCCCAUUCUAUCCACACAAUAGGAACCUCCGCGAAUCUUCUUCUUCUUCUGCGACGCAAUUACGCAAUCCUUCCUCCGUUCCCAUCCAGGCAGAGGAGAGGGGGCAGGGCAGCCAUCCAUUCGUCUCUCUCUCUCUCUCUCUCUCUCUCUCUCUCUCUCUCUCUCUCUCUCUCUGUUUUUUUUUUUUGGGGUUCCGGCGCCCGUGAAGCGAUGCCAAUGCCCUGCAACGCGUGGUUGGAUUGGAUUGGAAGCAGUUCCGUUUGGCGCCACGUCCAAUGUGAGCCGGACGAGGUGCAACUAGUGUUGGCUUCGUCUUCCUCGUCCUCCCCUUCAAUUCCCCAAGAUGGGAACGCCGCCAUAGACGAACGGCUCUCGCAUUGGGCAAUACUAAUUGCCCCCAGCAUUGGGCACGGCAGGGCGAAAGGACACAUCUUUGGCGACUUCGGUGGCCACCUGCCAGCGCUGGAAGGAUUGGCUUUUGCCUUCCUUGAUUCGCUUCUUCUGGCCGAGAGCAGAGGCGCCAUUAAUUGCGCGUUCCCUGCUCCCAUCUCUGGUGCUGUUCUGAGCAAGCAUUGAGGGAGCCGGGUCAGCAAGGAAUUCGCUGGUUGCCGACAAUGGGGGAGGAAGCCACUUCGCCGUUGCUCAGGGUCAAGGAGGAGUACCACCCGGGGUGCCCAGGCUGCGCUUACGACCGGAGGAAGGACCUCCUCAGGGGGAUGCCGUACAAGGAGUUCCUCUAUGUCUGGAUGAUUUCUCUCACGGCCGCUUUACCAAUAUCAUCGCUGUUCCCCUUCUUGUAUUUUAUGAUAAGAGACUUGAAUGUUGCUAAAAGAACAGAAGAUAUCGGCUUCUAUGCUGGUUUCGUAGGUGCUUCAUUUAUGUUUGGUAGAUGCUUGACUUCAACAGCUUGGGGAAUAGCGGCAGACCGUAUUGGGAGAAAACCAGUUGUUAUAUUCGGCAUUUUCUCCGUGGUUGUGUUCAAUACUUUGUUUGGGCUUAGUGUCACCUAUUGGAUGGCAAUUGCUACACGAUUUUUGCUUGGUGCUUUAAAUGGUCUACUUGGACCAAUUAAGGCUUAUGCCAUUGAAGUUUGCCGACCAGAACAUGAAGCUCUAGCAUUAUCACUUGUCAGCACAGCAUGGGGAAUAGGUCUCAUCAUUGGUCCUGCUCUAGGAGGCUACCUUGCACUGCCUGCAGAAAAUUUUCCAAAUGUCUUUUCACCUGAAUCACUCUUUGGAAGGUUCCCGUAUUUCUUACCAUGCUUAUGCACGUCAGUCUUUGCUGCUGCUGUUCUCAUAAGCUGCAUAUGGAUGCCGGAGACUUUGCACAAGCAUAAAGGUAGUGAAAAUGAAAACCAGAGCAUUGAAGCUUUGGAGGCUCAUCUGAUUGAUCCAAAAGAAAAGGUUGAAGAAAGUGGAAGUUUGAAUACCAAGAAGAGCUUAUUCAAGAAUUGGCCAUUGAUGUCAUCAAUAGUUAUCUAUUGCAUCUUCUCCUUCCAUGACAUGGCUUACACAGAGGUGUUCUCUCUAUGGGCUGAAAGUGACAAGAAGUAUGGUGGACUCAGCUUAUCGUCCGAGGAUGUAGGUCAAGUGCUUGCAGUUACAGGUGCCAGUCUUCUUGUAUAUCAACUGUUCCUGUACCCUCGUAUCAAUAAAGUUCUUGGGCCUAUCAAUUCUUCUCGGAUUGCAGCUAUCCUGUGCAUACCUAUCCUCUUUGCCUACCCCUAUAUGACAUACCUGUCAGAACCUGGAUUAUCAAUCGUUCUCAAUGUUGCAUCAGUGAUAAAAAAUAAUCUUGCUGUUACCAUCAUUACGGGCACUUUCAUCCUUCAAAAUAAUGCUGUGCCUCAGGACCAAAGAGGAGCUGCAAAUGGAUUGUCCAUGACAGGAAUGUCGUUUUUCAAGGCAGUUGCUCCAGCAGGAGCUGGUAUUGUGUUCUCGUGGGCACAGAAACGGCAGCAUGGUUUCUUCUUUCCAGGUGAUCAGAUGGUGUUCUUUCUUCUGAAUGUGAUUGAGUUACUCGGACUUAUUCUCACAUUCAAACCCUUUUUGGCUGUGCCAGAGCAAUAUAAUAGAAAUUAAAAACUCAAUUUGUGGAAGUUUAGGAAUAUUCAAAUAGAGUCCUGCACCCAUGAGGUAAAGGGCAUAAUGCCCUUCCACCAGGUGGAAACUGAGAGAGGAAAAUGGAAAAGUCACGCACCCGUGAGGUAAAGGGCAUAAUGCCCUUCCACCAGGAGGAACCUGAAAGAGGAAAAUGGAGAUUUUUGCGUGUAACUGUAAGUGCUAUUAUGUAACUGCAGCAUUUUAGUGGAGGAAAUGCAUAAUUGGUAAA